CCGCCGGCCUCCGCGGCCAGAUCCUCCCUCCGCCGCGCGUCCUCACCGAGUCGGGGCUGGAGUCGGCGCGAUGGCGGCGGCGGCGGCGGCAGCUUCACGGCCCGAGGCCGAGGAGGCCGCGGAACCCCCCUGGGCGCUGCUGGGCCGGCGGACGGACGGGGAGGUCACGACCAAGGCCCCGCUGGUCCCGCCGGGCCUGGCCGGGGGCAAGCCCCGCGGCAUCUGCUCCCGCUCCUACUUCCUGGUGCUGAUGGUGUUCGUUCACCUCUACCUGGGCAACGUGCUGGCGCUGCUCUUCUUCGUGCACUACAGCAACGGCGACUCGUCCGGGCCGGGGUCGGGGCCGGUAGCUGGCCAAGGGGCGUCCCCCGAGCCGGGCCCCGCGGCCGCCGCCCCCGCAGCCGUCCCCGCCGCGCCAGCCCCGGCCGCCCCUGCAGCCCCCGCAGCCCCCUCGGUCCUCGGGGCUCCCCUCAUGCGUCUGGAGGGCAUCAAGGUUGGCUACAAGCAGAAGGUGGAGCUGAUCCCCAACAAAAUACACGAUGUGAAGACCCUCAGCUUGAAACCACUUCUCUUUGAAAUUCCCAACUUUCUGAGUGAGGAAGAGUGCAAGCUGAUUAUCCACCUGGCCCAGCUGAAAGGGCUGCAGAAGAGCCAGACGCUGCCCACAGAUGACUAUGAAGAAGCCAUGGAAAUGAUUGAAGUCAGCCCAAUGGACAUCUUCAAUCUGCUGGACCAUAACCAGGAUGGGCAGCUGCAGCUCAAGGAGGUGUUGACCCAUACCCGUUUGGGGAAUGGGAGGUGGAUGACGCCUGAGAACAUCCGGGAGAUGUAUACUGCCGUCAAGGCUGAUCCUGAUGGUGAUGGUGUGCUAAGUUUGGAGGAGUUUAAGCAGUUAAACCUCCGGGACUUCCACAAGUACAUGGGCAGUCAGAAGGUGAAGGUGAGCGACCUGGUUCGAAACAGCCAGCACACUUGGCUGUACCAGGGCGAGGGCGCCCAUCAGGUCAUGAGAUCCAUCCGGCAGAGGGUGCUUCGUCUCACUCGUCUGCCCAGAGAGAUUGUGGAACACAGUGAGCCUAUGCAGGUGGUCCGGUAUGACCAGGGCGGGCAUUACCAUGCCCACAUGGACAGUGGGCCCGUGUUCCCAGAAACAGCUUGCAGCCAUACAAAACUCAUUGCUAAUGAGACGUCACCCUUUGAAACAUCCUGUCGCUAUGUGACUGUGCUGUUUUACCUGAACAAUGUCACCGGUGGUGGGGAGACAACCUUCCCAGUGGCAGAUAACAGGACCUAUGAUGAGCUGUCCCUGAUCCAGAAUGACAUCGAUCUCCGAGACACUCGGAAACACUGUGACAAGGGGAACCUGAGAGUGAAGCCUCGGCAAGGCACAGCUGUCUUCUGGUACAACUACCUGUCUGAUGGGCAAGGUUGGGUAGGAGAACUGGAUGAAUAUUCAUUGCAUGGUGGCUGUCUGGUCACCCAGGGAACCAAAUGGAUAGCUAACAACUGGAUUAACAUAGACCCCAGCAAGAGUCGCCAGAUCCAGUUCCAUCAGGAGAUGGCUCGUUAUGCCCAGGAGGAGCUUGAGGCCCAGAAUGCAUGGACAGUGGACAAAUCCUACAAGAAUGUACACGUAGAACUCUGAUGGUGGGGGCGGGGUCGGAGAGCCACAGACCAAGCUGGAGCAGCUUCUUCAGUGACAGCCAUGGCAGCCUUGGUACACUGUUUGCUUUAACUGGAAGCUGAUAGUUCUUUGCCUUUUCUUCCAGGAAGGCUCUAAGAUGAUAUCUGAGGUAUUAAGCUUGGGGUAGUCAGAAUGUUGAAUUAGUGAGGAAGUGUGGCAACCAUGAGCACCCAGAGGAGCCCUAUUGCCCUGUGUCCGUGGAAUUUCUCCAGGAAAAAAGGGCCUGAAAAAGAGUAAGAAGGAAUUUACUUGGGAGUCCAAGUGAGUUCAACCUAUGUACGUAGCUGGGGCUUCUGGUGGCCCCACUGGGGUGCGGCUGUUUGUUCCCAUAUUUCCAUAGAAAUCAUCCAAUAGUUAGCUCCCUGGCGCAAGCCCAGGCUGUGGCUGGGGAAGAAGGAGGUUCAUUUUGAGGGCAGCAGUCUCCUGGUGGAGGGAAUGGAAAAGCUUGAAGUCUGGCUUAAUUAAGUCUUUUGUGUGUCUGCCAGGAGGAAAAUAGGCAAGAGUCUGAUUCUCAUCUUCACACCCUGGAGUUGAGGAGAAUUUAAGCCCUUAAGGUAUUUGUAGAAAUGUCACCAAAAAAAAAAGCCAAUUUGGUGCUUAAGAGUUCCAGGGGAGGGGGUGGAGGGUAGGGAAUACUGGCUAAUUCCUAAGUUUUUCUAGGAACUUGGAUCCCUGAGUGAAAUGCUACUUUUUGUUUUCCCUGUUGCACUAUCCUGACAUGGCCAAGGUGGGUGUUCAGGUCUUCCCGCUGUAAGGAAUACCACAGCCCUCAAAGCUUCAUGCCUCUGAUUCACAGGCCAGACUUCCUGGUGCUCAGGGUUCAACCUUGGGCUGGGCUCAGGUGGAAGAGAAGCAAUCAUGUCAGAGCUGAACAGGACCUUAGAGAUCCUCUCAUUUUACAGAGGAGGACCCAAGACUAAAGCAGUGACUUGCCUAAGGUCACAUCGUGUUGAUGACAGAGCCAGGACCAGGAGCCUUACCUGCAGCAGGAUGAGGGAUGAUACAUAUGGGCACGUAGCAAUGGUUUCUUCUCAGGGGAAAAUAGGCUUUAAUCAUGCCGAAGCAUAAAUUAUUGGGGAAAAGGGGAAACUUUUAAAGUGCAAUAGUAACAAUUUUAUGGAAUGGUUUUUGUUUGGUUUUUUUUUUCAUUUAAACUCAUGUGUUCUUUGUAAGCAGUGGGUAACUGACAGACUAGUUCCUGGAGGCACUUCCUGAACAAUAGCAGUCUGUUUGCAAUCUCAGAGGUGCUUUCUACAUACUAGAAUUUUUCAGAAAACGCAUUUUGCCUGUAACUGUUCUGAAAUUGGGACACUCACUGCACCUUCUGGUUCCUUGCCGUCUCUCUGUUAUCUCUGCUAUAUCUUAUCAUGCAUAUGCAAUUGGUGACUUGUGUACAACCAUGCCUCAUUCACUGAUAUAUGCAAAUACUCCUGCAGCUAACUGAGGGUUCA